CAAGAAGGCUGGUGAUGACUAAUGCUGGCGUCCUUUCUUUUGUUGGCUCAUUUACACUCCUUUCUAGGACACCAGUUUAUGUUUCCGGUGCGUGAAUCUUUUCCUUACAAGUUGAAACCAGUAUGAUAACAUAGCAAAACGGGUAGUGUGCGAGCUGGCAUAUAAUGGCACGUAGUUAUAGUGGCGGCGGCAGCGGUGACAACCAGGUCCUCGCACUGGUUCAAAUGCGUACAGUAACUCAGCUUCGAAAUUACGAGAUACAACCAGAACAAAUUAAUGUACAGAAAGUAGCCAUGACAUCAUCAAUGUGGGUAUGUUGUUGCCAUGACACAAGAAGAAAGCGCCAUAAAAGGCUUGUUACUAUUGUGAAUAUCAACAGUAAGGAGCCCCACGCCCGUAGUUGGCCUACAAUUGCUGAUAGUGCUGCCAUGAACCCAACCAAUCCGCUUAUAGCUUUGAAAGGUGGUAAAACCAUAGAAGUGUUUGAUCUGCCUCGUAGAAAAUUAAUUCACAGAUGUACUAUGGAUGAUCCUAUUGCUUAUUCUUCUUGGAUAAGUUCAGAGGUCAUUGUCAUAGUAACAACUUCUAUAGUUUACCAUUGGAAUAUUACAGCCGUAGAAAGCGAACCCUGUCGAGUCUUUCAGAGACACGGUCGACUUAAACACUGCCAACUUGUAAAGUACAAAAUAGACAAGAAAAUGAAGUGGAUGGCUUUAACAGGUUUAUAUAUGGAGGUAAAGUAG